AUGGCAAGCUUUGUGAUGAAGCAGAUGGUCGGCGGGAAGUUAAACGAGAUGAAAGGCGGUCUCGACUCGUUGACGGGCGGAAAUGAGGGAGAAGGGGAGAAGACCGAGACUGGCGAGGAUCCAGAGGUCGUAGCCGCCCGCCUUGAACAGGAAGAGCGGCGCAAAGAUAAACACCGAAAAAUGGAGCAAGAAAGAGAGAAAAUGAGACAAGGAAUCAGGGAUAAAUAUAACAUCCAAAAGAAAGACGAAUCUGGUGGAAUGGGAGGCUUCGAUAUGGCUGAUGGGAGAAUCGGCGCCGCUCGAAAGAAGACACCCGAGGAGUUGGCGGCUGAGAUGCACGCCGAGGAUGAUAGUUUGGUCGGUCAAUUGGGCCUUACCGAGCACGUGGAGAAAGCAAAAACGGCAGUGAAUGGAGCCUUCGAGAUGGUCAAGGGAUUCUUGCCCUUCGGGAAA